AUGCCUCAAACAGUUAUAAAUAACGAAAAUGAAUACCGAUUCACCAGAUCUUCUAAAAUAGUGCCUCAAGACGAGACAACGGUGAGCACUGGUCCAGCUGCCACCGUUUCCACUAGCACCACUACCACUACGACCACACAAUCGACACAAAAUUCGCAUAAACCUAGCACGAAGAAUGCUGACGACUCGUCUAUCCAAGUCAACACCAGGGAAUACUUAGGUGACCUCUCCAACCAAGACACCGGCCACCCAGGACAGCUCAAGAGGCGUCCGUUGGGUGGUGAUGUCCAACCUUUGAGGCAGUCAGCCAUUGUUUCGCACAAUAACUCUAAUACGGGUGGAACCAACGCCAAAGACAAGGAGUUGAUACCUCCAAGAUUACCUCAGAAAAGGCAAGCAACAGAGUCCUCGACAAAUCUCGUGGAAAAGCUUCACAUCUCGCGUCACCCUCAUCCUCAUACAAGUAUACAAGUAAAUGCUGUUGGUCCCGCAGGAAUACAGGAUAUUGCUGCUGGAUCUAGCAGUAGUGUUAAUGUUCCCUACAAGAAAUCCAAGUUGACUCCUGUAGACUAUGAGUGGGAAGAUUUGGACGAGGAAGACAUGGACGAUCCUCUUAUGGCUUCGGAAUAUGUUAACGAUAUAUUCCCAUAUCUUCGAGAAUUGGAAAUUAAGUCGCUCCCAGACUCCCAGUACCUUUUCAAGCAGAGGCACCUCAAACCAAAGAUGAGGUCUAUCCUUGUAGAUUGGCUUGUGGAAAUGCAUCUUAGAUUCAGGUUACUUCCAGAAACAUUAUUCCUUGCUAUUAACAUAAUGGAUAGGUUUAUGUCCUUAGAAGUGGUUCAAAUCGAUAAGCUACAAUUGUUGGCCACAGGCUCACUUUUCAUUGCUGCGAAAUACGAAGAAGUGUUCUCGCCCUCUGUUAAAAACUAUGCAUACUUUACUGACGGAUCAUACACAGAAGAAGAGAUCUUACAGGCUGAGAAAUAUAUUCUAACUGUGUUGAACUUUGAUUUAAGCUACCCCAAUCCAAUGAAUUUCUUGAGAAGAAUUUCCAAAGCAGAUGACUACGACGUGCAAUCUAGAACUUUAGGGAAAUAUUUGUUAGAGAUUUCCAUCAUUGAUUAUAAAUUCAUAGGGGUAUUGCCUUCCUUAUGUUCUGCUCUGGCGAUGUACAUAGCUAGAAGCAUAUUGUCGAAGGACCCAGUGUGGAACGGGAACUUGAUACACUACUCCGGAGGCUACAGAGUAAGCGACAUGAAAGAUUGCAUUGAAAAGAUAAUUGCAUUCCUUGUUGCGCCCGUGGAACAUGAUGAAUUUUUUAAGAAGUAUGCCAGUAGAAAGUUCAUGAAAGCCAGUAUAUUGUGUCGAAACUGGGCUAAGAAGGUAGUACAAGAAAAUAGAGACAUAUUUGUCUGA